CAAGCAAAAUAUAUCAGUAUGUCUAAAUUUAAUUUGUGUUUAUUUUUUAAGUAUAUUUUUAAGUUUAGUAGCAGCAGAUUCUGUGGUUUAAACAUGUCUUCGAACACUGAUGCAUUCUACCAAAACCAGCAGCAACAAGGGCAAUCCCAGACAGCAGUUACUUUACUUCAGCACUCCUGUGAGUUGAACAUCGACAGUGAACCUUCAACAUGCAGAAAUACUUCUAUUGUUUGCACCAUCGGACCUGCAUCAAACAAAGUGGAAACAUUAAAGAACAUGAUCAUAUGUGGAAUGAACAUUGCUCGAAUGAACUUUUCACAUGGCACACACGAGUACCAUGGACAAACCAUUGCAAAUGUACGAGCGGCUGCUGAAAGUUUCAAAUCUAACCCGGUUUACUACAGACCAAUUGGAAUUGCUCUUGAUACCAAAGGGCCUGAAAUCCGGACUGGUUUGUUGAAGGGUGGUGGUAGCGCAGAUGUGGAAUUAGUGAAAGGAAACACAAUUAAACUUUCACUGGAUGAGGAAAACUUUGAGAAAGGAGAUGCUUCUUGUAUUUAUGUUGAUUACAAGAAUCUUAACAAAGUUAUUAAUAUUGGAAAUCGCAUUUUUGUUGAUGACGGUUUGAUUUCUUUGUUGGUGAAAGAAAAAGGUACAGACUAUUGCAUUUGUGAAAUUGAAAAUGGAGGUUUGCUCGGUUCUAAGAAGGGGAUUAAUUUACCUGGGAUUGAAGUGGAUUUGCCCGCUGUAUCUGAGAAGGAUAAAGGAGACUUACGUUUUGGAGUGGAACAAGGUGUUGAUAUGGUGUUUGCUUCCUUUAUUCGAAAAGCUGAUGAUGUGAAAGCUGUAAGGGAUGUUCUUGGUGAAGAUGGAAAAAAUAUUAAAAUUAUUUCCAAGAUUGAAAAUCAUGAAGGUGUAAUGAAGAUUGAUGAGAUCAUCGAAGCCAGUGAUGGUAUCAUGGUUGCCAGAGGUGAUAUGGGAAUUGAAAUUCCAGCAGAAAAAGUGUUCAUCGCUCAAAAAAUGUUGAUCGGAAAAUGCAACCUGAAGGGCAAACCGGUAAUCUGUGCGACACAAAUGUUAGAAAGCAUGAUCACUAAACCAAGACCAACAAGAGCUGAGGCAUCAGAUGUUGCAAACGCUGUGCUGGAUGGUUCCGACUGUGUCAUGCUUAGUGGAGAGACCGCGAAAGGCAGCUAUCCUCUGGAAUGUGUGAAGAUGCAACAUCAGAUUGCAAGAGAAGCUGAAGCUGCUAUUUUCCACAAGAAUGUGUUUGAGGAGUUGCGUAUGUCACGACCUUUUGCUACGGAUCCAACCGAAGCAAUUGCUAGUGCUGUGGUUGAAGCAUCUUUCAAGUGCCAGGCUGCUGGCAUAAUCGUUUUGACUCGAUCUGGUCAAUCUGCUGCGCUUGUUUCAAGCUAUCGACCACGUGCACCAAUCUUAACUGUAACAAGAUUUGAACAAACUGCCAGACAAGUUCAUCUAUGGAGAGGAUGCUUCCCAAUACUUUUCCAGAAACCAGUGAUCUCACCGUGGUCUGAUGAUGUUGAUGCUAGAGUCCAGUUUGCUGUGGAGGUUGGAAAGCAAAGAAAGUUCAUGAAAAGUGGAGAUUUUGUUAUUGUUGUGACUGGGUGGCAACCUGGGUCUGGGUUCACUAACACAAUGAGAGUUGUGAAGAUCGAGUAGGAUGAUGUUUUGAAGUAAUAUACCCGGGCUUAAAUCAUUAUUUUCUUGUUAGUUGAUUCAUCUUGUAGUGUUGCAGUUGCCAAUUUAACAUUUAUUUUUGAUUUUAGAAUUUGUUUGUACAAUAUUUAGUGGAUGUUAAGUUCUAGAAAGUUCCUAAGUUAUGUUAGCAGUUGCUUCACUGUGCUUGAAAUUUAUCUGUAGGCUAAAGUCAAGGUCGGUGCACUGCCUGGUUUAAGCAAUCGUAAAAUAAUAAAUUCUUGAAUACCGGGUUGACGCUUACAAUAUGUUCUUUGUUGUACAUAACUAAUGUUCGGAGAGUGUUCUAUAAGCUAUCAAUACACUUGCAAAGCAUGUUA